GCAAAAGCUGGUGGGGAAUUGGUAGGUCGUUUAGUUGUCUGAAAAUCGGCACCGCGAACGGAUCGAAAUGGAGGCUCAGAAAUAUAUGCUCCCGAUUUUGCUGUUAUUUUGCUGCUGUGGAAUUCCACUGGAGGUCGGAGCGAUUCGGAUGAGAAUGCCCACUUUGCCGGAGGAACUCAACUGCCGAAAUGAAAGUAUUCAUUUCAACUUUAACCUAACGCAACUCUCCGGUUACUGGUACGAGGCUGCUAGAGUACCCAAUGUCCAGGUACUGGAAUGCCUGAAUGUCUCUGUGCCCGCUGAAAUCGAGAAUGACAUACUCUCGCUGGACUUGAACUUCAUCAGCACGGUGAACAAUGGAUGGCAGUUCACCGAGGAGUCCGUUGAAUUCCCCUGGAACGAAGAUACGCAAACCGGCAUCUUCAAACUCGAUUACGAUACGGUCACUGUGACCUACAAACUAAUGUUAACGGACUACGAGAAUAUCGCCUUUGUCUGCGGUUUCGGAAGCAUUUCGCCAGUUCCGCUGUUCAAGCUCUUCACUCGGAAACGUGAGCUCAGCCAGGAGAUGAUCAACUUGGCGAAGAGCUAUGCUGAACAGUACGGCAUGGGCAACCAGAUCGCGUGGGAGAUGCAAUCGCCGGGCGAAUGCAAUGGAUCCGGUGGUCUAUUUCCUAUGGCAAUUCUAAUGGCCACCGUUGCAGUGCUCUGGGGUUUUAGAGCGUGAACUCAAUUUUUAGCUUAGACUUUACUACUACUAUCAGUACAAACUCUUAUCAAUCUUGUUUGUUUUCAACGCCAUGUGUUUUAUUUGGGGUCAUUAAAAUGUUAUUUCCGAGAAUUGCU